AGUUUUAUCGACGAUUUUCCAGCCCUACUGGGUGACCGGUUGCAAAAGAAAACGCGGAUUUAUUUUUUAGUUUUCAUUUUAUCUGUGUUUUUAAAUUAGUUAACCCUAAGUGUUUCCACGCCACAUUGCCAAACAUUGUGUCAUCAGAAAUGCGGUUUCCCGCAAAGUUCCAUUCAAACUGAGCGUUUAUCAAGCGCCCCAACGUAAACACGUGAAGUAUCAAAACAAGAGGGAGGAGGAGGAGGCGCCAUGGCCAUGAUGCCAGAGAACCUACAAUUCCCCGAGAUCAACAUAGAUCAAUUGCUGGGUCCGUGCGCUCACGAGGGAGUUUUCCUGGCGCCGCCGUAUCGGCACUCGUCGAUAACUAAGAUCCACCCAAACGCCCAGUCCAGGCGUCGCCGGCUGUCCGAGCGGAUUUGUGACAACGAUGAGCUGAUACGUAAGCUGAAGCAGCUGCAGUGCCACAAUCAACAACUGACCGACACGCAGCGGACAGCCAAGGAGGUGACGGAUCUGUACACGAAGGAGAAGCAGCUGAGGAUAGAGCUGGAGAAGCAGUGCCAAGAACUGGGAGGCCGCUGCAGCGAGCUGGAAAUAAAACUGGAUGCCCAAGUCACCAACUGUGAGAAUCUGGAGGAGGAGUUAAAGAUCAGGGCUCUGCCGAUGGAUGCCAAAGACCUGGUCGAGGCAUACAUGCAACUCGCAAACAGAGUUGGCGACGAUGCCGGGCUCUCGCGGCGUGAGCAGAAUAUAAUGAGAAAAGUCCGAGAGUACUGCAAGUCGGCAAAGAUUGCAGUGCCAGAGCCGAAGAGUCCGAAUCCAAAUCCAAAAGCAAAGCGAAAAGGCAACCAAACAGCAUGCAAAACGCAGUCCACGCAGACUUCGACCAAGCCGGCGACCAUUACGAGCUGCAUUGGGGUGCAAGUGACGAAUCUGUUGGAGAUGCGCAGCCAGGGAACGCAGCAUGCCACGGCAGAGCCUAAGCCCGCGCCGCAAGCAGCGUUGAAAACGCAAGCCUCUCAGACUUCGACCACGACAGCCACGACCAGUACGAGCUGCAUUGGGGUGCAAGUGAUGAAUCUGGUGGCGACGCGCAACCAGGGAACGCAGCAUAAGAACACCACAACCACAAGAAGCACCACCACAGCCUCCUUCAUCAAGUACCGCGAUGUGGGCACUUGCUUUCCAGAGCCAAAACCCCCGCCGAAUGUGAGACAAAUCCUAGAUGAGAUGCUAUCCUGGCAUAGCCACGAUGUCGUCAAGCCCCUCAGCCCCAUAAUGGAACCUCUGCUUAUGGUGGAUGAAGAAAUCACGCCCAAGACAACCACCAUGGACGUGGGCACCUGCACCAUGCUGUGCAAUGUGCAUCGAGAGAUCGACUUCAUGCCGGAGAUGCCGUCCCAGCUGAAGGUCUCCACGUCUCGGCCCCCCUCGCGCACCAUGCUCGAGAGUGUGAAGGAUGAGGCACUGGCGGGCAGCGGCAGCGUGCCGGCUGGCAACAACAAGGAGUUUGCCAGGGAAAUUCUCAACUUUCUACCUCAAAACCAAAGCUGCCUCGCCAACCUGCCGCCCCAGGCCUUCGACGAGCUGUGGCAGGUUAUUGGCCAAAUGGUUCUCUGUCUGCUGCACAGGAGAUCGAACCCCACACAGUCACCGCCGCCCAGCAUCAAUCAAAUGGACUUUACCAGCUGGCUCUACGCCCUUUAUGAGGGCACACUGACCCAUCCGGUGAUUGAGAAGCAGCUACAGCCCGAGCACGCCUCCAGCAAGAAAGAUAACUACGAGUCGUGCACAGAGGUUGGCACCGAUCCCAUGGACAUCAUUACGGAGUCGCCCAACAUUAGCAUCGAAGGAGAGCUCACGCCGAUCCAUCUGCCACCGAAGCUACCGCGGCCACCGAAAGAACGAAAGCGAAAGUCAAGAAAACGCAAAUCAGCUUCCCUGCUGAAGCCAAUGCCCAAGCGUAAACUUGUGGAACUGCCCUCGAUCGAAGCACCAGUCCAAGUGCCCAUGGAAGCAAUGGAAGUGCUUCAGGAAGUGGAGUGCCCAGCACCAGAGACCGCCAUUCAAUUCAUAAGCAAUCUAAACACCUUCAACAUGUCCUACUGUGAUAAUCUAGACUUUGAAUUGGACUCGGAGGAGCGGUAUUUGCUUCACCUGACCACCAAUGGUUCUGGCAUGCGAGAGGCAGAACAAAGUGGCAGCGAAACAGAGCAGGAUGUGCAACUCUCUAAGGAAAAUUCUAAUAAGGAAACCUUUCUGAAACCGAAGCCGCGGCCACCCAAAUUCAAUGAGGAGGUUGCCACGAGCGACAUGGAAUCGUUGCCAGCGGAAUGCGAUCCUCAAGUCUGCAGCGAUGAAGAAACUUCCCUGAAACAGCAAACGGAACUCCAUGACAAAGAAGAGGUUGCUACAAGCGAUACAGAUUCGUUGCUAGCGGAAUGUAGCCCACAAUUCUUCACAGGGAACUGUGGCAAGAAUAUGCCAUCUUUCACAGAUGACGAAGAGGCAGAACCACCGACUCCCGUGCACACGAACUACAAUUUGGAAUUGUUUGGCAGCGAAUCUGACCCGGAGGCUGAUGCGAACGAGGAGCAGCGGCCCUGGGAUUCGUUUAAUUUCGGAUGUAGCAGCAGUGAGGAGUCGGAAGAUGAGCCGCAACUAGUUAUAGAAGAAGGAAAUUCCUCGCCGAUCGCGCAAUCCCCACCGCGAUCGGCCUUUAGUCCGCUUAAAAGGGACGAAAGAGCAAGCGAGUUGCCGCAAACAGAAGUUCGCUUAACACGUUUGAGAGCUAAGCAGAUACAAAUGGAACAGAAUAGCCUGAAGGAGCAACUAUCUAAGGAGCCGACGCCGACACAGGAAGAUGAAAGGAGAGCGGAGAGAAAAGAGACGAAGAAAAUUUACCAUUUCUUGGAGUCUCCAGCCUCACCCACUUCCCAGGAGUCGAACGAGAGCGACAGUCCACCCAUCGAGAUACCAUUGGAGCUAUCAGGAUGCCCAAGUGGCGACGCGGAACCCAAAGCUAUACUUAUCCAUGUGGUGGAGGCGCCCAAGGGUAAAGUGAAGUGUUCUCCGCAUCUCAGCCAGACGCAGCUUGAUAGGCUUUGCUCCACAAUAGAAAGACAUCUCAUGGACACCAUGCAACUGGACUCCACAUGCAGUGACUUCUCCAAGGAAGUCUUUAAGGUAACGCGGGAUGUGGCUGUGAUUGUCACAAUGAUGAUUAGAGCCUUCUGCCAGUUGAGCUACGAUUGGAAGGAGCCCCAGCCAAACGACCCGUUGGAUCGCCUGCUAAGUGCCCUGAGAUACUUUGAGUUGUUCAGAGGCCAGGGCCAACCCUCGUAUACACAGAGCUUCCUGUGUGCCCUGGAAAGGCGACUCUUCAGGCUGACCAAGGAGCGAGUCCAGUUGGACUGGGCCCUAACGUGCGUGAAGCUCUACCUGCAGGUGGUGCGACUGCAGCUGAGCCAUUCGAAUCCGGAAACCUACGAGAACCCGUCACGUCUGCUGCUGGCCAAAAUAUUGUAUCACUACAACCCGGAUGCGCCUCAGCUGGCGUAUGAGGUGCUGUCCUGCCAUCCCACGGUGCUGCCGCACCGCGAGGAGCGGGAGUACAACAACUCCGAUCCCCUGAUCACAGUGAUCAAGCACCUGCUGAUGAGUCGGCAGUACGACGUGACUGAGCCCAAUGGCUACGGCCGUUUGCUGCUCUCCAAGCUGCGCUUCGAGUAUCACUUCCAGCCCUUCGAGCCCACCAGCCAACAGGUGCUGGAGAAUCUGGUGAACAAGCUGAAGGUGGGCCACCUGGAGCAGCUGAGCUAUGCCUUUGCCCUGUUCUGCCGUCGCAGCAAGAGAGUGGAUGUGCUGAACAAUGUGCUCGGCCAGCACCUGGUGCCGCUCGCCUCCAGCUACUGUGAUCUAAGUGCACACUCCGAUGCGUACGACGUUCGACUCGCGGGCAUACUGCAGUGCAUAUCGGUGGUAGUGAAGCCGCUGCCAAUGGAGACCGACAUCUCCGGCUUUAUGGGUCUGUUCAAGCGUCUGCUCGUGGCAGUGCCACGGCCCGCUGUGCAGGAGGCAGCCGUUCAGGCAAUCUUGAGGCUGCAGCGCUUCGGCUUCAAGCACGCACUCGAUGCACUGCAGAGCUACAGACCCAGCUACCAACUGGCGCCACUGACGCGGGCCAUGCUGCGCAGCUUUGUGCAGCGGCGGAGAGUCUACCAUUUCCAGAUGAAGAAUGCACACACGCAGCCAGCGCAACAGGGAGCGGGUACACGAGAUUGAUUCUUUUAUAUGAAUUGCAACUAU